CGCGCUAAACACUUGAUUGGACAGACUCGCGAAAAGGCGCCGACACGCGUAUCGUUUUAAAGAGAUGCCAUUAUUUUAAAAUCCAUUUCCACAGUUUCAUGGUUUAUUGUUUAUUUAUAUGAUUUCAGUCGCUCGGUAUUUGCGAGUCAUUGUUUUAAAGUUCUGUCUAGAAAUUAGAUAAAAUGAUGUUCGUUAUCUAAGGAAAACUUUUAUUCGAAGAGCUACUUGUCAAAUUGAUUGAUCAAGAAACUAGAAAACUCGUGGAGCCGUCUGAAAAGCUGCAGAUGCCCUUUGAAGGAUGGUGAUGUCAUCAAAGUGCGCAGUGGCCCUGCAUCUCCUGGGCUUCCUGCUUGACCUUGCGUGGCCUUUGAACCCUGGUGACCCCAACGUUUGCAGCCUAUGGGAGAGCUACACAACCUCGGUGAAGGAGUCUUACAGCCACCCCUACGACCAGGUGCACGAGGAGCCCUGCUCUGAUGCCUGGAGCUUCUACAAGUGCACCCGGCACAGGAUCACGUACAAGACGGCCUAUCGGCAGGCAGUGAAGCUGGACUACCGCAGGAGGUACCAGUGUUGCCCUGGUUACUACGAGAGCAGAGAGAAAUGCGUCCCUCGCUGUACCAAGGAGUGUGUUCACGGCCGCUGUGUGGCACCAGACCACUGCCAGUGUGAGGACGGCUGGCAGGGUGAGGACUGCUCCAGUGUCGUCUGUGAUGAGCAGCACUGGGGCUCAGCCUGCACUCAGACCUGCGGGUGCCAGCACGGCGGUCGCUGCCACGCCCAGACCGGGACCUGCCAGUGUCGCCCGGGAUACCGGGGACCCGGCUGCGAGGACCCCUGCCCUGCCGGGACCUUCGGGCGCGGCUGUCUGCAGCACUGCCUGUGCGGGACGGGGGGGUCCUGCGACAGAGAGACGGGGGAGUGUCGCUGCAGGGAGGGCUUCACCGGGACCUUGUGUGACCAGGCCUGCCCCCCCAAACGCUGCCCCCGCCGCUGCCCCUGUCAGAACCAGGGCUUCUGCAGAGGGGAGGGGGUCUGUGUGUGCCCCCCAGGGUGGAUGGGCUCGGUGUGUACGGAGCGCUGUCCGGGGGGCAAGUUUGGGAUGAACUGCUCCCAGGAGUGUGUGUGCCACAACGGGGGGGUGUGUGACGUGGGCACAGGCAGCUGCAAGUGUGCGGCUGGCUUCACGGGGGAACGGUGCAGUGAGGAGUGUGCAGUGGGCAGUUACGGGCAGGACUGCGCUGGAGCGUGUGACUGUGCUAACGGGGCGCGCUGCUAUAACAUCCACGGGGGCUGCCUGUGUGAGCCGGGGUUCAGCGGCCCACGCUGCAGCAGCAGGAUGUGCCCUGAGGGGCUCUACGGAGUGCACUGUGACCAGCGCUGCCUCUGUACCAGCACACACACUCUGAGCUGUCACCCAAUGAAAGGAGACUGCACGUGUCACCCAGGGUGGGCGGGGCUCUUCUGCAAUGAGACCUGUCCACAGGGUUUCUAUGGCCGCGGUUGCCAGGAUACCUGCCUGUGUCUGAACGGGGGAGUGUGUGACAGCGUUACCGGCCACUGCCAGUGCACCCUGGGAUACACGGGGAAGCACUGUGAGAAUCACUGUGACAGAGGCUCCUAUGGGAGGAGCUGCUCACUGACCUGCAGCUGUAGCUCCUCCCACUCCCUGGCCUGUUCCCCCAUCGACGGGACCUGCUUCUGCAGAGAGGGCUGGAAGGGCUUGGACUGUUCCACCCCGUGUUCCGGGGGGAGCUGGGGGCCGGGCUGCAAUGGUACGUGCCGGUGCUCCAACAGAGCGUCGUGCAGCCCCGUGGACGGCUCCUGCAGUUGCACCGCCGGGUGGAAGGGGGCGCUGUGUGACCAGCCCUGUCCGGAGGGCUGGUACGGUCCCGGCUGUAAGCAGAGGUGUGACUGUCUCCACUCGAGCGGCUGUGAUGGACGCACUGGGCAGUGCCUGUGCCUGCCAGGCUGGACAGGCUCCCAGUGUUCCCAGCCCUGCCCCGCGGGCACCUGGGGGGGGCGCUGUGACCGGAACUGCUCCUGCCUCAACAGCGCCACCUGUCUGCGGAACAACGGCACCUGCCUGUGCAGCGCUGGGUACUGGGGAGCCCAGUGCCAACACAUCUGUGGGGCGGGCUCAUUCGGCCCCCGCUGUGGUGCGCUGUGCCCCCCGUGCGCUCGUUCCUCUGCCCCCUGUCAUCACGUGACGGGCGAGUGCCAGUGCGCCCCAGGGUACUCUGGGAUACUGUGUGACCAAGCAUGCCCACUGGGGCGUUAUGGGAAGCAGUGUGCCAGUGUGUGUCGCUGUGCCAACAACUCCACGUGUCACCAUGCCGACGGCUCAUGCCAGUGUCCCCCAGGCUGGACAGGGCCGGACUGCUCUGAGCAGUGCCGUCCCGGGACAUUUGGCCUGAACUGCGCCCAUGUGUGUACCUGUCCCUCCAACGCCAGCUGUAACCCCCACACCGGAACGUGUGUGUGCGUUGGCGCAAACUGCAUUCAAGGGCGGGACAUUGACCUGGUGGUGCCGGUGACCCCGGUGGAGGGGGUGAGCUCCAGUUCGAUCGUGGGCUUCAGCCUGCUGGUGGCGCUAGUCGUGCUGCUGCUGGUGCUGCUGCUGGUUUACCGCCGUCGCCAUGCCAACAAGCAGAGCCAUAUCCCGACCGUGUCGUACUCCGCCACUCACUCCGUCAACUCAGAGUACAUGGUGCCAGACGUCCCGCACACCUACCACCACUACUACUACAACCCCAGCUACCACACGCUGUCCCAGAACCGGCCCCCUCUGCCCCAAAUCCCCAACAACCAGGACCGCUCUGUGAAGAACACCAACAACCAGCUCUCCUGCAAGGGGAAGAACGCGGAGCGGGAACGUCUGGGCCCGUUCGGGAUGGACAGCAACGCCACGCUUCCUGCCGACUGGAAGCACGACGAGGCGCCUUCCCCGAAAAACCAGGGAGCGUUCGGCAUGGACAGAAGCCACAGCUACAGUGCCAGUCUGGGCAAAUACUACAACAAAGGGCUGUCCAAGGACUCUCCCGUGACGGACAGCUGCAGCUCGUUAAACGGCGAGAACGUCUACGCCACCAUCAAGGACCUGCCCCCGCCCCUGCCCCGCGCACAGGACAGCGGGUACAUGGAGAUGACCCCCUUCGCCCGGGACAGGGGCUACCCCGAAAUCAGCCUCCCGCCCCCGCCCCCCAUCCCCACACACAGGGGUACAAAACGCGGUUCCCUUGGCAGCGUUCCCGAGCAGGAGCCCCAAAGCCACUACGACCUCCCCGUGAACAGCCACAUCCCGGGACACUACGACCUCCCCCCGGUGCGCCGCCCGCCCUCCCCCAAACCACGGAGGCACCCGCACUGACCCCGCCCCGUUCGCACGCCGCGCUCACCGCCCCGGGACGUGCGGUCAGGGGGACUCCCGAUCACCGAGCGUCGCUCCAAUCGCACCGCGUUCCCGCACGCCCGGAAAUAAAGGACGUCACCAAAAAAAACCCCAAAAAACACGACGUUCGGAUUUGAUGCUUUGCCCAGCUGUGACGCACGCCUCGGUCGUCGUUUCGGAAGCUCGGUCUACAUCCGGAUGUGUCCGACAUUCCCACCUGGAAUGACGACACUCGUAGCCGUUCCCUAGGACUUCCCGAGAUCGGCAGGAGCGCCCCGGAUCUGGGCCGGUGAGCAGCGUUGUGCUGUGGGGAAACAGGAAGCCCUUAUAUGGGCACGAAGUCUGCGUGAAGUGACGUACAGUUGAUUAGACUACGCAGGAGACAAUCCUCCCCUGGAGCAAUGCAGGGUUAAGGGCCUUGCUCAAGGGCCCAACGGCUGUGCGGAUCUUGUUGUGGCUACACCGGGGAUCGAACCGCCGACCUUGCGGAUCUCAGUCAUGUACCGUAACCACUACACUAAGCGUGUGAGAGAGACUCGACUGAUUCAUCCACAAAGCAUUUACUAGAUUGUCCUAAUAGCACAAUAACUUAACAGAUCGGGCACAUGACAAGACAUUAGAUGAAGAAGAAGAAAAAAAAAAAAGCUGAUUCUUGUUGGAAAAUUAUGAUUGACUUUUUGUUUUGAACAUGUGGUUACCAUUGACUGACUUGGCUGAAACACCUAUUGGAGCCAACCGCAGUGGCGUUAGCGAGCAACUUCACUCAGCAAGACCAGGAAAAGGUCUUCAAAAACAAAGCCCAGAUUUAGUUCAUCCAGUGCACAAGAAAACAAAUCAGGCCAUCAGACCAGUGCCACCUGCUGGAGUGGGGGCCGUCAUUACAGGAACUGGGAGCCCAUGACCGACUGGAUGUGUGAGGAUGAUCGACAGCUGCCAAUCAAGACUUUUAGAGCCCAAGAUCCCCUGUCGCUACUCACCGCAACCAACAUUUGUGUCUUUGUCUAAGGAUAUUUCAAUGUCCACCCAUUGGCCAUGUCCCUGGGCUGAAUGACACUUAGUGCUGAAUGUACACCAGCCCGUUUCUGUUGUAUAUAAAUGUACAUAAAUCCUCUUCUUUACUCUGA